ACGCGCCUUUAAUCACCGCCUCGCCUUCUUCUUUGUUGACGUUUUGUCGAUUUCCCAUCGGAUCCCGGAUCGAGACCUCCACCCUGACGGAACAAUCUGCCUCCAGAUCCACAAUGGCUGAUGCUACACACCUCAAGGACGUAGAAGAUUUAGUGAAAGAAGCCAAAACAGCAUUCCGAGAUCGGUUCCAGAGCGAUCCAGACGUGGCAGCUUGUGCUCCGGGUCGCGUUAACCUGAUCGGGGAACACACAGAUUACAACAAUGGAUUUGUGUUUCCAAUGGCGUUGCCGUUGGUGACGGUGGUAGUUGGGAAGAAGACGGAGAGGUCUGUUUGUCGAGUGUUCACAUUGUCACCGGAAGUCAAUGAAUGCAAUUAUGUGGAGUUUGCCAUUGAGGACCUUCAACCAGGGACCCCAAAAUGGGCCAAUUAUGUGAAGGGUGUUGUCCACUACUACAAAGGAAAACCGUGUCCCUUUGAUGCUGUGAUUGUGUCUUCAGUUCCAUUUGGUGGAGGUUUGUCCAGUUCAGCCGCCCUUGAAGUGUCUGUCUAUAUGUUGCUCGACUUAUUAACUGACAACAAAAGCAACAACAAAGAUGAGAAAGCUCUCAGCUGUCAGAGUGCUGAACAUAAUUUUGCUAAUCUUCCCUGUGGGAUUAUGGAUCAGCUAAUCUCUUUCAAGGGACAGAGUGGUUAUGCUUUAUUAAUUGAUUGCAGAUCGAUGGAAUCCGAAUUGGUUGCCAUGAAAGAUCCUGAAACUGUUGUUUUGAUUACCAAUUCCAAUGUAAAACAUGAACUGACAGGAACGGAAUAUUCUUCACGACGGGAUCAGUGUAAACUUGCAGCAAAGCUUAUGUCCAAAGACUCUCUCAGAGAUGCCAAAAUGGAAGAUCUUGAAGCUUGUAAAGAUGAACUGGACCAAGAAACGGUAAAACGGAUACGCCAUGUAAUAACAGAAAUUAGCAGAACUGAAGAAGCAGGCAAAGCUCUUUCUUCUGGAGACAUGACCAAAUUUGGUAAACUCAUGGUGGACAGUCACAUCUCUCUCAGAGACGAUUAUGAAGUUUCCUGUCCUGAGUUGGACCAACUUGUUGAUGCUGCCUUACAAAUGGAUGGUGUCUACGGUUCACGGAUGACCGGUGGCGGCUUCGGUGGCUGCACAGUGACGUUGGUAACCAAGAGUGCAGUUGCAUCUGUCAUGCAACACAUCAGGAAAAAAUACCCGGGUCAGCCUACUUUUUAUGUAUGUCCCCCGUCUGAGGGUGCCCGUCAGUUGAAGCUAUGACACAUUUAAACUACAAACACAUUAAACACUCUGUCUUUUCUUUUUUUUUUGAAAACUGUUAUUUUUUUUAAUGUUUUUUUUUUUUGUAAUCAUUUUGAAGGUUUGUUAAUCUGAAAAUAAAAUGGAAUUAAAUGGGUUUGUAUAACUGAAACAGGUCAAAUCUAAUUUAUAUAUUUUAUAGUAAUUAAGGAAUUGUGAGUUUAAUGAUUGGAAUUGACUUCUAGAGAGCAGCCAUAAUCAGGGAAUUAACCUACAAUGGUUAGGAUUUAUUAAUGCAAAUAAGGGGCAGAUAGCAGGGUUUGUGUGAACUUGUCUAUGGGACAAGUAUUUUUUGAUAGGGUUUAAACCUGGGCUGGAUUUCUCCUUCAAAAUGUUGAUAAGUUCUAUAAAAUCUCAUGUCUUUAAACAUUGAAGUACUCAAUACCUACCUGAAGUGACAUGUGUGGAAGCUGGUCUUUGUGGAGGAAUUUUAAUUUUAAUGGUGAUGCUGUUGAAUCUCUACCAUGGCUACAAUUCCAUGAACGGAUAAUGGUUAAUCUGAGGUGUCUCGCACACGCACACACACACACACACACACACACAUGGAUAGAUACACAUGCAGACACUUAUAAGAAUGGAUAUGGACACACACACACACACUUAUAAAAG